AUGCUUAAUAUCAGCUAUACCAAGAAUAUUGGUUUUUUAUUUUGGCAUAUGAAUAUCACCUGGACUGAGGUGAAAUACAUUUAUAUCUUGCUAUCUAGUCCUACAAAGUUUAGACUUUGGGCUCAAGUAAAAAUGUUCGAAAAUUCUAUUAGUUUUAUGCAGAUUGUUAAUGGUUUUAGUAAUUGGCAAGAGAAUCACCUUGAUAUACAUGAUAUUCUUAUUACCACUUUAAUACCUGAGAUCCUUACAACAUUUAAUAAAGGUUUAGAUGCCUUGGAUAUAUCUAUAGUAAUUUUUAACAUAUCUUCAAAAGCUUUUGCAUGCUCUAUUUGA